AUGCUAGAAGCCAUGGAGUUAAUCUUGAGUUAUGGCUGCAAUUUUCAUAUUUCUACAAACUUCAUAUUUGAUGCUGAAGGGAACGAAACCUUUUCUGGUAAAAUAGGUGUUUUUCCGUUCGUCUUCAAAGAGCCAGCAAAGAGAAAUAGUGUAAAUAGAGUUGCAGGAACUCUUGAAACAAAAUCCAUCACUUCAGUCAAUAGAGAAGUUUGUAGAAAGUUUUUGAUCGAAAAAGUUAUUCCUGUCAUAAAAGAAAAGUGGCCAAGAGAUAAAAUAGGCCAACCAAUUUUCAUUCAACAAGAUAACGCAAGAUGUCACGUCAAUGAGAACGACAUUGAAUUUCGUCAAGCUUCCUCACAAGAUGGGUUCGACAUUCGACUGAUGUGUCAACCUCCCAAUUCCCCUGAACUAAAUGUCUUAGACCUUGGGUUCUUUAGUGCCAUUCAAUCACUGCAACAUAAGGAAACACCGAAGACUAUUGAUGAUCUAGUUGCGGCAGUAGAAAAAUCAUUUGAAAUAUUUUCACCCGACUUGGGCAAUAAGAUGUUCAUAUCAGUACAAACAUGUAUGGUAGAGAUAAUGAAGGCAAAAGGUUCGAACAAAUUCAGUGUUCCACAUAUAAAGAAAGAUGUUAUGCAAAGACAAGGACGGCUACCGGUGUCUAUCAAAUGUGAUUCAUCAUUAGUGGAAGAAGUGCUUGAUCAUUUGAAUUUGCAUUAG